AUGGCCACCGGACAACUUUUCUCGUGCACCACUCAAGCGUUGUUCUACAACUACAAGCAGCUCCCAAUCCAGCGCAUGCUGGAUUUUGACUUCCUUUGUGGGAGGGAAACACCGUCCGUUGCUGGAAUCAUUAACCCCGGUGCUGAGGGAUUUCAGAAACUCUUUUUCGGUCAAGAGGAGAUCGCCAUACCAGUGCACUCAACCAUUGAAGCAUCUUGUGCAGCACAUCCUACUGCCGAUGUCUUCAUCAACUUUGCUUCCUUUAGAAGUGCUGCCGCUUCCUCCAUGGCUGCUCUGAAGCAACCAACGAUUAGAGUUGUUGCAAUCAUUGCUGAAGGUGUACCUGAGUCAGACGCUAAGCAAUUGAUCGCGUAUGCACGAGCAAACAACAAGGUUGUUAUUGGCCCAGCUACUGUUGGAGGAAUUCAAGCUGGUGCUUUUAAGAUUGGUGACACUGCUGGAACAAUUGAUAACAUAAUUCACUGCAAGCUGUACAGGCCUGGAUCUGUUGGUUUUGUCUCCAAAUCUGGUGGGAUGUCUAAUGAAUUAUACAAUACUGUGGCUCGUGUAACAGAUGGGCUUUUUGAAGGUAUUGCUAUUGGAGGAGAUGUGUUCCCAGGUUCUACUCUUUCUGACCAUGUUCUGCGGUUUAACAAUAUCCCCCAGGUUAAACUUAUUGUUGUACUUGGGGAACUUGGUGGGAGCGAUGAGUAUUCUCUAGUUGAAGCUUUGAAACAGGGGAAAGUUUCCAAACCAGUCGUUGCAUGGGUUAGUGGAACUUGCGCAAGGCUUUUCAAAUCCGAAGUACAAUUUGGUCAUGCUGGCGCAAAAAGUGGUGGUGAGUUGGAGUCUGCACAAGCAAAGAAUCAAGCCUUGAGGGAUGCUGGAGCUGUUGUUCCCACUUCAUAUGAAGCUUUAGAAACUGCUAUCAAGGAAACCUUUGAAAAACUGGUUGAACAAGGGAAGAUUACACCAGUGAAGGAAUUUAAGCCUCCACAAAUACCUGAAGAUCUUAACUCUGCAAUUAAGAGUGGAAAAGUUCGGGCUCCAACUCACAUUAUAUCCACAAUCUCUGAUGAUAGAGGUGAGGAACCAUGCUAUGCUGGUGUACCUAUGUCCUCCAUUGUUGAGCAGGGUUACGGUGUGGGUGAUGUUAUCUCUCUUUUGUGGUUCAAGCGCAGCCUUCCCCGUUAUUGUACUCAGUUUAUUGAGAUAUGCAUCAUGUUAUGUGCUGACCAUGGUCCUUGCGUCUCUGGAGCUCACAACACAAUAGUAACUGCUAGGGCCGGCAAGGACCUUGUUUCCAGCCUUGUCUCAGGUUUGCUCACAAUUGGUCCCCGAUUUGGUGGUGCCGUUGAUGAUGCUGCUCGAUACUUCAAGGAUGCAUAUGACAGGAAUCUUACACCUUAUGAAUUUGUCGAGAGUAUGAAAAAGAAAGGCAUUCGUGUGCCAGGGAUUGGGCACAGGAUCAAGAGAGGGGACAACAGAGAUAAGAGAGUAGAGCUGCUACAAGCGUUCGCACGCACACAUUUCCCUUCUGUCAAGUACAUGGAAUAUGCAGUACAAGUUGAAACCUACACACUCUCAAAGGCAAACAACCUGGUCCUUAAUGUCGAUGGUGCUAUUGGAACCCUGUUCUUGGAUCUUCUUGCAGGCAGUGGAAUGUUCAGCAAGCAAGAGAUUGAUGAGAUUGUUGAUAUUGGCUAUCUGAAUGGGCUUUUUGUGCUGGCACGUUCCAUCGGUUUGAUUGGGCACACUUUUGACCAGAAGAGAUUGAAGCAGCCCCUAUACCGCCACCCAUGGGAGGAUGUUCUUUACACCAAGUGGCUUCAGUCGUCGGGCACAGGCCAUGCCAAAGCUCACAACAAUACAGAGUCUGUAAGCAAAGCCAUUGCUCAGUACACCGUCGAUGCUCGGCUGCACGCGGUGUUUGAGCAGUCAGGCGAGUCUGGUAAGUCCUUCGACUACUCACAGAGCAUGAGGACCACCAAAGACUCAGUCCCGGAGCAGCAGAUUACAGCUUACCUGUCCAAAAUUCAAAGGGGUGGCCAUAUUCAACCCUUUGGGUGCAUGAUGGCUGUGGACGAAGCCACCUUUGGGGUCAUUGCGUACAGCGAAAACGCCCGAGACCUGCUCGACCUAACGCCGCAGUCAGUUCCGAACCUCGAAAAACCUGAGAUCCUCACAAUUGGGACUGAUGUCCGUACACUCUUGACGCCCUCCAGCGCAGUUUUGCUCGAGAAAGCAUUUGGAGCUCGGGAGAUUACACUUUUGAACCCAAUUUGGAUCCACUCCAAGAUUUCUGGAAAGCCCUUUUACGCAAUUCUGCAUCGGAUUGAUGUUGGGGUUGUGAUUGAUUUGGAGCCUGCUAGAACAGAGGACCCUGCGCUGUCUAUAGCCGGCGCGGUUCAGUCUCAGAAAUUGGCAGUGAGGGCAAUUUCACAGCUGCAGUCACUGCCUGGUGGGGACAUUAAGAUUUUGUGUGAUACUGCGGUUGAGAGUGUAAGGGAGCUUACUGGUUAUGAUAGAGUUAUGGUGUAUAAGUUUCACGAGGAUGAGCAUGGUGAGGUUGUGGCUGAGAGCAAGAGGCCUGACUUAGAGCCAUAUCUUGGGCUGCACUAUCCUGCCACGGAUAUACCUCAGGCGUCGAGGUUUUUGUUCAAGCAGAACCGGGUCAGAAUGAUAGUAGACUGUCAUGCCACGCCGGUCCAUGUAAUUCAGGAUGAAGGGCUGAUGCAGCCUCUGUGCUUGGUUGGAUCCACACUUCGUGCCCCCCAUGGUUGUCACUCCCAGUAUAUGGCUAAUAUGGGCUCCAUUGCCUCGCUAGCUUUGGCAGUCAUCAUCAAUGGAAAUGAUGAGGAAGCUAUUGGCGGGAGGAACUCAAUGAGACUAUGGGGCCUGGUUGUUUGCCACCAUACCUCUGUUCGGUGCAUUCCGUUUCCCCUUCGGUAUGCUUGUGAGUUCCUAAUGCAGGCCUUUGGGCUUCAGUUGAAUAUGGAAUUGCAAUUGGCUUCACAAUUGUCUGAGAAACAUGUUUUGAGGACCCAGACUCUCUUGUGUGAUAUGCUUCUUCGUGACACCCCAGCUGGCAUUGUUACUCAAAGUCCUAGUAUUAUGGACCUUGUGAAGUGUGACGGGGCUGCACUAUACUACCAAGGGAAGUACUACCCAAUAGGUGUGACCCCGACUGAAGCGCAGAUAAAGGACAUUGUGGAGUGGCUGUUGGCUUUCCAUGGAAGUUCAACAGGUUUAAGCACAGAUAGUUUGGGUGAUGCUGGGUACCCUGGAGCUGCCUCUCUGGGCGAUGCUGUUUGUGGGAUGGCUGCUGCUUAUAUCACUAAGAGGGAUUUUCUGUUCUGGUUCCGAUCCCACACUGAAAAAGAGAUCAAAUGGGGUGGAGCAAAGCAUCAUCCAGAGGACAAGGAUGAUGGACAGAGGAUGCAUCCACGCUCUUCAUUCAAGGCAUUUUUGGAAGUGGUUAAAAGCCGUAGUUUGCCGUGGGAGAACGCAGAAAUGGAUGCAAUACACUCCUUGCAGAUUAUUUUGAGAGACUCAUUUAAGGAUGCAGAGACAAACAAUUCAAAAGCUGUUACGCAGGCCCAGCUUGGUGAUCUGGAGUUUCAAGGGAUCAAUGAGCUCAGCUCGGUAGCAAGAGAAAUGGUUAGAUUGAUAGAGACAGCAACUGCUCCCAUAUUUGCUGUAGAUGUUGAUGGAUGUAUAAAUGGGUGGAAUGCAAAGGUUGCAGAGUUGACAGGUCUCUCAGUCGAGGAAGCAACCGGAAAGUCCUUGGUUCAUGAUCUUGUUUACAAAGAAUCUGAAGAAAUUGUUGACAGACUUCUUUUCCGCGCUUUAAGAGGAGAAGAAGAUAAGAAUGUAGAAAUAAAAAUGAGGACAUUUGGCCCAGAGCACGACAACAAGCCUGUUUUUGUGGUGGUUAAUGCUUGCUGUAGCAAGGAUUACGCCAGUAAUAUAGUUGGAGUUUGCUUCGUUGGUCAGGACGUAACUGGUCAAAAAGUAGUAAUGGACAAGUUCAUAAAAAUACAAGGUGAUUACAAGGCCAUCGUUCAUAGUCCAAACCCUUUGAUCCCUCCUAUAUUUGCUUCAGAUGAUAACACAUGUUGCUCGGAAUGGAACACUGCCAUGGCAAAGCUCACUGGGUGGAGCCAUGGAGAAAUCCUUGGAAAAAUGUUAGUUGGAGAGGUCUUUGGCAGUUGCUGUCGACUCAAGGGUCCGGAUGCUAUGACAAAAUUCAUGAUUGUCCUACACAAUGCCAUUGGAGGGCUAGACACAGACAAAUUUCCCUUUUCAUUCUUUGACCGAAAUGGGAAAUAUGUACAAGCUCUCUUGACAGCCAAUAAGAGGGUGAACGCAGAAGGUCAGGUUAUUGGAGCUUUCUGCUUUUUGCAGAUUGCAAGUUCAGAACUGCAGCAAGCUCUUAAAGUUCAGAGGCAACAGGAAAAUGAAUGUUUUUCUAGGAUGAAAGAAUUGGCUUACAUUUGCCAGGAAAUAAAAAAUCCUUUAAGUGGUAUACGCUUUACCAACUCACUUUUGGAGGCUACAGAUUUAACUGAGGAUCAAAAGCAGUUUUUGGAGACUAGUGCUGCUUGUGAGAAGCAAAUUUUGAAGAUUAUAAAAGAUGUUGAUCUGGAUAGCAUUGAAGAUGGAUCACUGGAGCUUGAGAAGUCAGAAUUCUUUCUUGGGAGUGUCAUAAACGCUGUUGUUAGCCAAGUAAUGUUAUUGCUGAGGGAAAGGGAUCUACAAUUGAUUCGGGAUAUUCCUGAAGAAAUCAAAACAUUGGCUGUUUGUGGUGAUCAAGUGAGAAUUCAGCAGGUCUUAGCUGAUUUCUUAUUGAAUAUGGUACGUUAUGCACCAUCUCCAGAAGGUUGGGUGGAGAUUCAUGUUCUUCCAAGCUUGAAGAAAGUACCUGAUGGAGUCACUCUGCUUCAUACUGAAUUCAGGUUGGUAUGUCCUGGUGACGGUCUUCCUCCUCAAUUAGUUCAAGAUAUGUUCCAUAGCAGUCAAUGGAUGACUCAGGAGGGCCUAGGACUGAGCAUGUGCAGGAAGAUUUUAAAGCUUAUGAAUGGAGAAGACUUUAUAGUCUCAGCAGGAGAUGCUCCUUCUCCCAGAACAAACUGCACCGGGCACCAAAGCUACCAGAUUCGUUUCAAGGGUACUUGA